AUGGCUGCGUUCGAUAAGUGUAAAACGAGACCGCAGCAUAUCGAUGUCAUCCUCAACGGUUUGGACAGAUACAAUCCAGAAACCACAACAAUCUUCCAAGAGUAUGUUGUUCAGCAAUGCGAAGACAGAACGUUUGACUGCUAUGCCAAUCUGGCAUUACUGAAACUUUACCAGUUCAAUCCUCAUCUCCUCCACACCGAAACAACAACCAACAUUCUUGCUAAAGCUUUAACCGUCUUCCCUUCGCCUGCCUUCUCCCUCGCUCUCGCCCUCCUCCCCGCAUACACUCAACCAUUUUCUGCGUCUACAUCGUCUUCGCUCCCCAUGCAAACGUCUGACUUCAUCGAAUCAAUCCAAAAGCUCGCCCGCCUCAACACUCUCCUCGAAUCGGCACAAUACACCCUCUUCUGGUCAACGCUCAAUUCCGACGACCUAUACGCAGAUUUGGUUGCCGACGUUGCAGGAUUUGAAGAGUUGGUACGGGUCCGCAUUGCGGUUGAGGUCGGCAAGGCAUUUCGGGAAAUCGGCGCUGAUGUACUAGCUCAAUGGCUGGACCUGAACGGACUAGAAGCUCUGGAGAAAUUCGUCGUUGAUGUUUGCGGAUGGGAAGUUGAUAAAAGCGCAGGCUCUGAUCUUACGAGUGCUGUUAUCAGAGUUCCCAAAAAUAAAGAAAAUGAGGCCAGAGGGGAGAUCAAAGGUGAGAAAGUGGGAAUAGAAAUGUUCGGUCGGGUACUUCGGAGGGGUUUGGAACAACCUGCUUGA